AUGUCUAUCAAUAGUUAUCCUUCACCUGUUGUAAAAUCAAUUCAUGAUAAUAAUCCUUUGAAUGAUUCCAGUGAUUCGUUGAAUAAACCAACAGAGACAGUGACAGUGACACCAACACCUACAGCAACAACAACAGUAAUAACCUCACCAUUUGGUUUUCCAAUAUUUCCACCAAUAUGUGAUGCAUCCGGAGAUGUUGACUAUAGAAUAUUAUUAAAUCCUGCAUUACGUAACCUGACAAAUAAUGAUACUAUGAAUACUGACUACAGAAGUCAAGAAAUCAAUCAAGCAUUGAAAUCAUCAUCAUCAUCAUUAUCAGUCGAUAGGAAUUCUUCAGGUAUACUGAAUCCUGAUACACCAGUACACAACAUCAAUGAUACAGAUUUAUCUAGUGAUAGUAAUAAUAAUAAUAAUAAAAGUUUACAUAAAACACAAUUAUUUUCUGUAAAACAACUUAAUCCUAAUAACGUUGUAUCAGAUACAACAAGUGAUCGUAAACCAACUGAAAAUGAACCACCUUGUAAGGAUGGUAGACAUAAUGAAGAUGAAGAAGAGGAAGACAAUAUGGAAGUAUCUGAUGGUGAAGAGCCUGAAGUAGACGCCGCCGCCGAAGACGACGACACGAAGAAGAAUAAGAGGAAGGUGAACGUUGACAAUACUAUGCUGCUUAUUACUUCAGAUACACAAGAUAAAGAUUGGCGUAUAUUUACGCAACAAUUACCACUUGAAGUCAAGCCAUUAUCUCAUCUUUCAUCAUCACCAGCUCCUUCUGGAAAUAUGCCAUCUCCAUGUAUACGACCACCAAUCCCGCCGCCACCACCGCCGCCGCUACUUGUGAAAAAUCCAAUCGGUUGGCCUUUACCACCUGAACCAAUUCUUCAGCCAAUCAUUCCGAUACAAUCAAAUCCUCUUCCUACGCCUGCACCGAUUCGUAUACCUCCACCGCCUCCACCUCCACAAUUUGUUGGUGUAUUAGGCGGUCAACGGGCAAUUAGUCCACCGCCUCCACUACCCUCAACAUUAAAUGAAUUAACAGGUUAUCAUCAUAUCCCAACAGCACUAGGCGGCGUAGGAGGAGGUGGGGUAGUGGUAACGAAACCUGAUAUACCUUUACUAGUAGCACCGCCGCCGCCACUGCCUCCGCCACCUCCACCUCCACUACUGCAUCCACCGCCUCCUGCACAAUCAUCGAUAUCACCAUCAUUGUAUAUGGAUAAAAUCAAUAUGAUCUCAAAUAAUAAUAGUAACAACAAUAAUAAUAACAAUAAUCUAGUAACGAAGAGUAUUGAACCCAAUGUUUUAAUCACUCCUACAGUUACCAUCUCGGCUGCUGCUGCUGCUGCUGUUGCUCCUACUACUCCUCCUUCUACCGCUGUUUCAUCAGCAAUGAUGAUUCAAUCACAAAACUAUUCAGCUUUUGAUCUAUUGAAAAAUUUAUGUCAAUCCAAUGUCGUUACGCAAACGAGUCUUUCAAAACCAUCAUCAUCAUCAUUGUCUUUACCUACUUUUCCAUUAUCGUCGUCGACAACGCCAGCCUCUAGUAUAUCAAAGGAAUCUACUCCACAAAAAGAUUAUUCAAGUGUACCUUCUCAACAAAUGACAACAAAUUCAACAGUUUCUGAUGCAUCAAAAGUUAGUCAUACAUUGGCGCUUGAAACAAACAGUGAUCCACUUGUAGAUAGUAAUGAUAUCAGUAAUAAUAAUAAUAAAAAUUCAACAGAAGACCCAUUUGCUAUUAUUUCUCGAUUAACUGGUCUUUCUAAUUUAAUAAAGAAUAUUCCAAUACAAUCAAGUUUGAGUACAAUCCCAUUAACUUCUCCAACUUUAAUCAAUUCUACAGAAUCUUUUCAUUCUAAUCCUUCUGUCAAAGUGAAUAUGAUCAAUCCUAUCACUACUACUACUACUACCACUAAUAAUAAUAAUAAUACUGAAAUGUCCAAUUAUCGUCUCCAAUCAGUACCACCACCACCACCAACAACAACAACAACAACCAUAAGAACAGAGGGAUUCAUGAAUACUUCAUCUACUGCUAUGAAUACUACCAUGGUCACAACUACUUAUUCAUCUACUGCAUGCACAGCUGCUAAACGUUCUAGAUUUUCAGAUAUUCCAUCCAUGGAAAGUGGAAUUAUUGACCAACAGACAAUACCGUUAACUGUAUAUACUACUGAACAAUCAGUGUUAUCGUCUAAUAGUGGAGUGCCUUCUUCCUCCGCUUCUUCUUCUUCUACUUCUAGUGGGAAAUUAUCAAUUUCAAACAGUUUUAAUAAUAGUAGUGAUCUUAAUCAAGAUCUUUAUGAGGAAAGAAGAGAUCAUUCAAUGACAAGUUAUAAAAAUUAUAAUAAUAAUGGCGAUUGUGACAAUGAUGGUGACGAAGAUUAUAGUGCGGAUUGUGGUGGUGGUAGUGGUGGUGGUGAUACACCUACUCAAGAUGAAAGAGAAGAUGAUCAUCAUCAUCCACUCUCUGAUAUUCCACAAAACAGAUCCUUAUUAUCGAUUCAUCCAUUCAAUACAUCACCAUCCAGCUUGGCAGAUUUAUUAAUUCCUAAUAAUAAUAAUAAUGAUAAUAUGAAUAAUAAUUCAUGUCAUGGUGUAGAUCCAAAUUCUUUCCUGUCGAAGAAUCCCAUGCACAGCAUUUCACAAUCAUCAUCGUGUAUCUUAUCAUCGUCAACAUCAUCAUCAUCAUCAUCAGCAUCACAAGGCUAUGGAGUAUCGUUUAAUAAUAACAACAGCAAUCUGAACACUUCAACUACACCUGUCAGUUCUAUUGGCCUAUCAUUGACACAAUUCUCCUCUAUGAUACCACCAAAUGCUAUGUCAUCUAUAAUGACAGGGAAUAAUACAACUAACUUGUCUGUUACAAGUUGUUCACAGGUGCCUCCUGGUGGUGGUGCCGCUGCUGGCGGUGGUUUAAUGUUUUAUCAAUCUCCGAGAAUUUCAUUACCUCCUAGAGGAUUACCUCCUGGUGGUUUUAUGAUCUCUCCACAACACCAUCACCACCACCAGCAACAACAACAACAAACACGUCCAGCAAUGUCUUCUCUUCUACCUGGAAAUAUACAACAAAUCCCUUCUACACCAUCAGAUUGGUCUAAAUCUGUGAUAAUCAACAAUCAAUUACGACAACAGCGAUUACAACCACCACAACUUGUACAACAACAUCCACCGAAUGAUUUUUGGUCAAUGAUGAGUACAGUUCCACCACCACCACCACCACCCCCACCUCAUCCUUCUGCUCCUCUUCCACCUCAUUCUCUAUCAUCAUCCACACGACCUCCACAAGGUGCAUUACCACUGCGUCAAUCAGCAUUCCCUACAUUUAAUGCAUCACAAAUUCGUUCACAAACUCCAUCAUCAAUUGGUGUAUUCAAUCCCUUUGCAAUCAAUAAACCAAUGUAA